AUGCCUAGUGCCGCCGAUAUUAGACGCCGUAGAAAUGCCAGUAAGGAGUACAGGCUAUGCAUGCUUGUUCUUGGGGAAAGGGGAAUUGGUAAAAAAACCUUUCUGAAUAACUUAUGUGGUAAAACGGUUUUUCCCACAGAAGAGAGGAUUAAAGAAGUGCCGGAACCAUCACAGGCUCAUGCAAGUCCUGAUAUCCAAUUAACGACCGAACUGGUCCAAUUGGAUGAUGCCAGAUCUACGCCGAUCGAUAUCGUUUUGUUCCCAGGAUGUGGUGAUUGCAUGGAUAAUACUUCUACACCUGGGAAAAUAAAAGAAUAUUUGGAUGCACAAUUUGAUAUAGUCUUGAAUGAAGAACUUAGAAUCAAGAGAAGCCGAGUGGAUACCGAUAGUAGGUCUCAUGUUUGCAUUUAUUUUAUUAGAGCCACGUCAAGAGGUCUUCGAGAGUUUGAUGUGCAGCUAAUGAAACAGCUGGGAGAUAGAGUCAACAUUAUACCAGUGAUUGGUAAAGCGGACUUGCUUACAUCAGAAGAAUUGCAACACAACAAAAAAUUGAUCAUGCAUGAUAUCGCUAAACAUGAGUUGAACGUCUUUGAUUUUAAAAAUGACAAACUACAGGAUAGUUUGGUAGAAGCUGAUGACUUUUUAUGUGAUGGGAGAAAUGAGAAGAUUCCAGACGUCAACAUAAGGGACAUGUUACCAUUUGCCCUCAUUUGUGGUGAUAAGGAAAUCACUGAACCUCGUGGUGAAAUUGCACAUGUGAGAAAUUACCAAUGGGGUCAAAUUGUUGUGGAAGAUGGUUCCAAUUCCGAUUUUAUUUUUCUCAAGCACAUUUUACUUGGAUCUCAUUUGCAAGAGCUGAAGGAUGUUACUAACGAUGUAUUUUACGAAAAUUAUAGAACAAAGAUGCUUUUAUCCAAAAAAGUAUCAGUAGAAUAUUCUCGUGAAUUUAUGGGCCCAGAACCUUCUCAAUUACCUGCAUCUGCUACAGGAUCGAAACGCAGAAACGCCUUCAGUGUUUCAUCAUCUGUACCUGAACAAGAAAAGGAUGAGUACAUGCCAUUCUCUAAAGAAAUGGAGGAAAAGAAUAAGAUUAUCAAGGCUUAUCAGCAAAAGAUCGAAGCAUUAGAAAAAAUGUUAAAGAAUAAUCCCGACGAUGCUGCUGCCAAGGCCUGCUUGGAGGCUAUUAUGUAG